CGAAACAAUGAUUAUACUUCCAGUUCCGGUUAGCAGGGUGGUGUGUAUCGAAACGAAAACUUUAUGACAAGUGUCUUUUGUUUACGUCUUUUGAAAACACUUUAUUAUACAGAAAAAUAAAAUGCCGGCAUAUCAUUCCCAGCUAAAAUCCAAUCAACUGAUUGGAAACAUGGCUCUCCUACCGAUCAAAACUCAAUUCAGAGGACCCGCACCCCGUGCAGAAUCAGAUCAAGAUGAUAUAAUUGAUGAAGCCAUUUACUUUUUUAAAGCAAAUGUAUUCUUUAGAACAUAUGAAAUAAAGAGCGAAGCAGAUCGAGUACUCAUAUACUUAACUCUAUAUAUAACAGAAUGUUUAAAAAGAUUACAAAAGUGCUCAAAUAAAAAUCAAGGCACGAAUGAAAUGUACAGCCUAGCCAUAGCGAAAUUUGACAUUCCUGGGGAAUCUGGCUUUCCAUUGAAUGCUGUCUAUGCUAAACCAUCUUCACCUAGUGAAGCAGAUCUUAUGCGACAAUAUUUAGUACAACUUCGGCAAGAAUGUGGAGCAAGGCUUUGUGAAAAAGUAUUUGAUCCAGAAACAGGCAAACCUAGCAAAUGGUGGUUGUGUUUUGCCAAGAGAAAAUUCAUGGAUAAAAGCCUCUCAGGACCUGGACAAUAAGACACAUCACAAAAAAAAUUUCUUAGUGAUUCCAUUGAAAAUUAAAGUGAUAGACAGUUUGUUCCCUGCUAUGCUGAAGACAUCUUGAAAUUAGCAUAUUACUGAAAGCAAACUGUUUGCUGCCAAAUAAGAGAACUUUAUGUUUCAUUUUUUUUCCUGUUUUGUCUUACAGUUUAAUUAUUAUUAACUCUACAUAAAAUUUAUAUCUCUAAUUGUUGCAUCUAAUGAAUAAAAUAGAAUUUUAUAAUUAAA